AUGAGUAACUAUGCUGAAAACUUGGCACAGAAGAAUGGCUUCAAGGAGAAAAGGCAGUAUUAUGAGGACUUGGUGAUUCCAUUGCCUGAAUCCCGAUUAUGGACCACGAUGCUCCUGCUGGGAACCUGCCUGCUGUACUGCGCCAGGGUCCUAAUGCCCAUCUGCGUGGUCACCAUGAGCUCUCGCUUUGACUGGGACAAGAAACAAUCCGGAAUUGUGUUGAGCAGCUUCUUUUGGGGUUAUUGCCUGACCCAAGUUGUCGGAGGCCACUUGAGUGACCGGUAUGAACAAUAUUACGUUAAAUCAGGGGUGUCAAACGCGAUUUCACUGAGCGCCGCAUCAGGGUUGUGUCUGACCCCCAGGGGGCACGGGCGGCGUGGCCAGAGGGCAUGGCCAGCUCGACAUCACUCCUGUUGGGGGCCCCUGUGGUGGCUCGAGUGCUUUGCCUGUGAAAACGGGCUCCCGAGUAACAGAGUUUAUUUUCCCGCCUUGGCUAGUCUGCUUUCCCAGAAAGUACAAGAGAGUGAACGAGCAUUGACUUACAGCACAGUUGGAACUGGCUCUCAGUUUGGAUAUAUCUCCAAGAAGCUUAUCAACAGGACAUUCAUAGAAUUCACAGAGCUGGAAAGUACUAUUCCGGAGAUCGAAUCCAACCCUGUCCAGCUCAGUGCAGAAAAUCAAAUUAAACCAUCCUGA